AUGAGUUCGUCGUUUCCGACUGCGGUGUGGUCAAGAUUUCUGCCAAUUAUUAUAUUAAUCGGUCUAUUAACACUUCUUAUAUUUUUAACCAAGAGAUCCCAAGAUUCGAAUUCAAAUCCGAAUCCGAAUCGUGAUAUUUCAGUGACCGAUUCUAAAAACUUACGGUCGGCAGCAGCAGAACCAUCAUCUGUAUAUGAUUUAAACGAAUACAGUGUGAAAACACUUCGAGGAUAUGUUUCUUUGCACGAGUUGAAUGAAAAAGUUUUUAAGCCGUUUGGGUACGAAAUUUCUAAACCGACUCUCCCGGUGCCAACUGUUCGAAUGAUGAAUGAGCCUACGUGUGAAACCGUGUUUACUGAAUGGCAUUCAAUUUCUCAAAAGCAGCAGCCAGAUGUUCCUCCAAAACAGCUUCCAGUGGAUGACACCAACGCAUUUCUCUUGAACGGUUACACCGCACUGAGUGAAUGGUAUUUUAAUGAUCAUUCAACAACAGGUGAUAAACCAAGAAACUGGAAUCGGAUUGGAGAGUUUAUGAAAUUUACCAAAACUGAACUAAGUGCUCUUGCUUAUUCGUAUAACAAAGAGUCCGAGUCAAUGUACCAUGCUAUGAGUGGGUACCCACUUGAUGGACAGAAUGGCUUCGUAGUGGGGAGUAUGCAACCAUGGGUUGAAGUAAUGGCUCUGCAGCAUGGUGCGAAGAAAAUAUUGACGGUGGAAUACAACCCUCUGGAAAUUCAAGAGGAGUAUGCUGGUACAUUUGACUUUGCUGCAUCAUUUUCAUCGAUUGAGCAUUCUGGAUUAGGGCGGUAUGGAGACCCGAUUGACCCAAUUGGAGACUUGAGAGAAAUGCUCAAAAUUAAAUGUAUGCUAAAGAAAGGAGGACUUCUAUUCCUGGGAAUUCCUUACGGAACAGACGCAAUGCAGUUUAAUGCGCAUCGUAUCUACGGAUCAAUUCGUCUCGCCAUGAUGUUUUUUGGUUUUGAUUGGCUUGCUUCGUACUCGGGUGAACAGGAACAACCGAUAGAUCUUGAUUCAAUACGACUACACUCGAAGGGGCUCUCUCAAUUGACCCAGUACACUUUAGUAUUGAGAAAAUUAUAA